AUGUUUGCUCCGGCCAAACACCUGGUAUGUCUGCCGGCGUGUUUCUCCUUUGAUGUUUCCGGUCGGAAUGUAAACAAGAGAUUUCUUUCAGCUGCAACCCCCACCCCGUCCCAACUUCACGUCAAGCUUUUUUUUUGUCACCACCCCCACUACCAACCCAAUACUUUACACAUCCCUUCUCUUUCUAUCUCUUCCCAUCUUCCUAUUCUCUAUCAUUCUUUUUUUUAUUCCUUCCAUUUCGUAUCUCUUUGCCACAAAACUUUUUCUUUCUUUCUUUCUUUCUUUCUUUCUUUCUUUCUUUCUUUCUUUCUUUCUUUCUUUCUUUCUUUCUUUUACACUCUUUCUUUUACACUUUCUUUCUUUCUUUCUUUCUUUCUUUCUUUCUUUCUUUUCUUUUACACUUUCUUUCUUUCUUUUUCUUAUUUCGUUCUUACGAAUGCAGCCUCCGUGUCGACAUAUUGGUGA